GUUUGUGUAUCCAGAUCUACCGAGUACAGGACAGAGAGGGUGGCUUCACUGGAGUUCCUGGAAUCAGGCAUUGCUGCCCCGACUCAGGACUAUCAUGACCAGGGAGCUGCUAGGUCGCAACAAGGACAAGGAAUACCAUUACCACACACACAGCCUUGAUGUUGCUUUUGGAUAUUUGAAGGACGUUUACUAUGGAAAUGGAGUCUCUUUUUUUCAGUGAUUUGCCUUAAGGUCUACAUUGGGACUCGUCGAGGCACACUCCACACCCUGGAUGCUUAUGAAAGGUGCAGGAGUACUACAGUUACACUUUGAUAUACCAUGGAGAAGAGGUGAUCUUGUUCUUCUGCAGCUAAAGAAAUAUAAUCAAAGAUCAUGGGAAAUUCAUACGCGGGGCAGCUGAAAUCUGCUCGCUUUGAGGAAGCUCUCCAUAACUCAAUAGAGGCUUCAUUAAGGUCAAGCGGUGGUGACCCACAGCCGGUUUUCACACAGCUAUAUCUCGAGCCUGAUCAGUAUUCUGGCCAUGUAGAAGAUAUUAAGCCCAAAAUGGACCUAAGCCUGAGAUCCGACCCAUCCACCCAUGUGCUUGUGAAAUGCCACUCUUCAAAUUCUGUAGAGGAUAUGGAUGACGAGGACGAUUCAGACACCAGCAGCCCACCAUUGCCUUACCUGCAGGGACCCCCUCCUGAUGGCUGCUGCACUGUUGAUGGUUUCUGUCAAGCAGGAAAAGAUCUGCGCCUGGUUUCCAUGGCAACAGAGUCUAUCGAGGUUCCUGCAGGGUUUGAGCUGGUCGGUGCCAAAUCGCCCAGCAUCCCAGAGCACAUCCUCGUCUGUGCAGUGGACAAGCGCUUCCUGCCAGAUGAGAAUGGGAAAAAUGCACUUUUAGGGUUUUCAGGGAACUGCGUGGGUUGUGGUGAGAAAGGGUUCCGUUACUUCACCGAGUUCUCUAACCACAUUAACCUGAAGUUAUCCACUCAGCCGAAGAAGCAGAAGCACUUAAAGUACUACCUGGUGAAGAACUCUCAGGGUGCUCUGUGCAAAGGAGCCCUCAUUUGCUGGAAAGAUUGUAAGACACGACCAUUCUCAAACAGUGCUUCUUCAUCCAAGCCUAGUUCCUCAUCCUCACUAAGCAGCAAAGAAAAUGGAGACACAAAUGGCCACAGUCCAUCUCCCUUCCCCCUCUCAGACUCGCCUCCUGCCCGCAUGCAAUCUGGCUCAUCCUCAGGGAUUUUUGGACCCCAGGAGCUGGGCUUCCUUAAACCAUUGAACACACCGACCCACGGGACCAAGACAUUACCGAUCGUUCCCACUGCCCUCCGAGUGAAUGGUCUAACUAAUGGUCUCAGUAUGGAUGGACGCUCCACUCUACUGAGCCCACCUCGUACAAACCCACUCUCCACCCCUAGUCAUGGCUAUAGAACCACAGAAACAGGAGACAGUCCAGCAUCCACUGCUAUGUCGACAGGUCCACCAAAAAAGCGGCAUCGUAGUUGGCAUCCCACCACUUUAGUGCCCAUCCCAGCCACAGCUGUUCCUGUACCAGCCAUCCGACCGCUGACCUGCAGCUCUGGUCCUUUAUUGUCACUGUCCAAUCAACAGCCUGCAUCGGUGUCAGGGGUCAUACAACCACAGCCAAUCACAGCUGGAGAAACGGUCAUCAUUCCUGAUAACCUUCUGAACUCUUACGGGGUCCGGCCAGUCCUUCUCAUUGGUCAAGGCACUUUACCAUAUUUCUUUGGCAAUGUGGGUGAUCUGGUGGUGAGCCCCCUGCUGGUGAGCUGCUACAAGGGCAGAGAGCUCAACGAGAAGACCCUGGCCAGCCUGGGCAUGUCAGCAAACCAGUUACUGACCACAGAGACCAUGAUACUGCUCACACUGCAGUACCUCGCUCGACUGGGUACAGAGCAGAUACCGUUACGGGAAGAGUUUGAGCAAAUCAUGUUGAAGGCUAUGCUGUGUGGUCCGACUGGCCCUCCAGUGUCGCCUGCGCAGCUGCCCUGGUUAGCCCGAAUGGAGGCCAGUGUGUCAGGGGGCAGUGUUCAGGUGCUGGUCACCCACGGCUCUCUUGGUGAGGGUAUCUCUGAGUCUCUGCGCUCACUGAGUGAAACAUCACCACAGCAGCAGCAGUGUCUCCCCAACUAUGUGCUCAUUAUCUGCACCUCCAAAAGUGGAGCCAAUGAGUUCUGUGUGCUCGUGUUGGGUAAGUAUCAGUCUCGAGCCUUGGCAGAGAGCAUGCUGUCUACAAACGAGUUUCUGAAGGAGAUCAGUUAUGAGCUCAUCACAGGGAAAGUUAGUGUACUAGCCUCACACUUCCAGAGCACCUCUUUAGGUGACAAUAUGGACAAACAGCUGGUUCGUUAUCAACGUAAACGCAAAGACAGGGUGGUUCAACCUUUUCAGGGGCAUCUCACCGAGUACAUCCACUCCCAGGAAGCUGCGACCAUGAUACCAGAAUCAGGGCCAGAUCUGCUGAGCGAUGACUUUCAGAUACACCCUCCUCAGUUGAGCGUUGCACGAAGCCUUUUGUCACAGGUUUGUGCUAUUGCCGACUCAGGGAGCCAGAGCUUAGAUCUGGGCCGAUUCUGCAAAGUAGACUUUCUGAUUCUGGUGCCGCCCUCCCAUGUUCUGGUUCACCAAACAGUCCAGCGAAUACGACAAUCAGGCGUCCUAAUAGAUCUCGGUAUAGAGGACGUGUCAUUAGCCAUGCAGAAGUCUGACAAGUAUGUGGUGCGUCUGGACACAGAGGUCCACACAAAAAUGGAGGCCUUUAUGAGGAAGGUCAAGCAGAACCCUUAUACACUCUUCGUCCUCAUUCAUGACAACUCGCACGUGGACUUGACAAGUGCUCUUUCAGGGUCGGUUUGUCAUGGGGAGCUGCAGGGAUUGGCUGAUCGCGUGGUGAACUGUCCAGAGGUUCUGGAAGCAAUAAACUUACUGGUGCUGCAGGUCAGCUGCUUCCCGUUCACCCUGCAGAGCCGGCAGUCACGAAUCAGUACCCAGAAUGAAGUGCACUGGCCCGACACUGAGAACCAGCAGGGUGAAGCUUCUCCUAAAGACUUGAUCUACUUUGGGCUGAAGGACUACAGCAAGUCUCUGCAGUGGGGAGUGGCGAGUCCAAUUCUGCGAUGUGAUGACGCCUUUGAGCGGAUGGUUAAAACCCUGUUGGAGAGGCACCCACAUUUGCACAGUAUGGUGAUCCGCAGCUACCUGUUGAUCCAGCAGUACACAGAGGCUCUGAUGGCCCUCACAGCGGCCCCUUCUUUGCGGGAUCACGUGACCCCUCAGACACUUGCCAUGGUGGAGGAUCUGCUGAGUGUGCCAGGCCGCAGCAAGCAUGGGUGCGGACACAUGCUGCUGGUGCGUGUGCCUUCUCUGCAGCUGGCACGACUGGCACAGGAGCGGCUGGAGGAGGCUCGGGACAAGCUGGGGCUGCAGUACCGCUUUGCCGUGCUGCUAGGAAGCCCUGCUGCGGAGAUCAGCCUGCCGGUGCACUUCUGUGCCCGUCUGCGGGCUUGGAGGGGCUGUAAAAAUGAGGAGUGGGUCCCACAUACAUAUGAAGAUCUGGAAGGACUUCCAUGCAUUGUCAUCCUCACUGGAAAAGAUCCUCUUGGAGAAACCUUCCCGAGGUCUCUAAAGUACUGUGACUUGCGGCUGAUUGACUCCAGCUACCUGACACGCACAGCGCUGGAACAGGAAGUGGGUUUGGCCUGUUCAUAUGUGACACGUAGAGUAAUCCCUAAGACCAAAACUGCCACAAGCAGAGAAGAGAGACCGAGAGAAGGUGAAAGGAGCUCUGGAGAAACAGCAGAACACGAUGAUCUCCCUAUGGAGCUGGAAAGACCACCCAGCAAUGCCAGCGCUGCUACUAGGACCUCCGGCUCCACCACAGAAAAUGGUGUCAGUUCCUCAAGUAUACUUGACAAGCCAUCCUCGCAGAGUGACCCUUGUGGAAGCAGGACUAUGAUGGACUCUUGCUCCUCUCCUGUUCGCUUCAAGCAGGAGUGCGACUCUCAGGCUCCCUCAUCAUCCAGCACGUCCUCAUUCUCCUCUGCUUCCUCCUCCUCUUCUUCUUCCUCGUCUCCGGCAGCUCAGAGACCGAGUCAGUCUACACAGGCUCCACGUGAAUGUAACAGGACACAGGUCUUUCCCCGGACGGCGGUGCUGUCUCGGGCUGCGUAUACCCUGCUGGCUCCUGAAACUCUGGGUCAUCCCAGUUCUGCCUCUCUGCUGCCACAUGCGGAUGUGUCGUGGAGCAGUCCGCUCAGACCACCGGUUCCUCAUGGCCUUGGUGGAGCAGAGCAGUCCCUCUACUAUCGUCAGUGGACCACAGCCAGGCAACACCACGCUGAUUAUGAAGGCCCAGUACCCCAUCCCCACCCAAGAAGACUGCUUCUGAGCGGCCCACCACAGGUUGGAAAAACAGGUGCAUAUCUGCAGUUCCUACGAAUUCUGUUCCGUAUGCUGAUUCGCCUUCUGGAGGUAGAUGUUUAUGAUGAAGAAGAGCUGGAGGAAGAUGUGCAAGACAAAUCAAAGGUUCCCCCUUCUAGUGGGCCACAGUGGCCUGAUGUGGAGGACGUCCGCAAACUAAGAUUUGACCUCUGCCCUCAUGACUGCAAGUUCAAAUAUUCAAGUCCAGUGUAUGCCAACAGGAUGCCAAAAACACAGAGUGGGGUUAAAACCGAAAGACUGGAUACAGAAGCGGACCCACCAAAGAGAAACACAGUAUCUGUUAGACUCAGCCUUUUUGCAGCCCACAAUGCAUUUCACCACUGUGAGCAGUGCCACCAUUACAGUGAACCUAUUCCUGCUGCUCAGCUCUCUGACUGCACCUUCCACGCUUUCACCUUUUGCUCAUCUAUGCUGGGAGAGGAAGUCCAGCUGCACUUUAUCAUCCCUAAAUCCAAAGAGUCUCAUUUUGUGUUCAGCCAACAGGGCAGUCACCUAGAGAGCAUGAGACUGCCUCUGCUUUCCGACAAGGAGUCGGGCAUGAUGAAAAGCCCAAUAUUCACCCCAACCACGGGCCGCCAGGAGCACGGCCUUCUCAACAUCUACCAUGCCAUGGAGGGAGCCGAGCACCUGCACAUCCUGGUGGUCAAACAGUAUGAAAUGCCACUCUAUAGGAAAUACUGGCCCAACCACAUCCUGCUGGUGCUGCCCGCCAUGUUCAACAACUCAGGAGUCGGUGCGGCUCGAUUCAUGAUCAAAGAACUGUCCUAUCACAACCUGGAGCUUGAGAGGAACCGACAAGAGGAGCAAGGCGUCAAACGGCAGGACGUGUGGCCCUUUAUCGUAAUGAUGGAUGACUCCUGCGUCCUGUGGAACGCCCAGCAGCCUGGACCAGACGGCAAAACCGAGGUGAUGAACGUGUCUCUGAAGAGCGUCUUGCAGCACAUGGAAGCCACUCCAAAGAUCUCCCAGUAUGCAGUUUGUGGCCUGCGCAAAUGGAGCAGUAGUUUGUCUUCUCAAGCUCCCACAAGCCCUUUCUCUCGCUGUCAUCUCCACGACCUCAUCUUGCUGAAUGUUGACCUCACACAGAACGUCCAGUAUGACCUCAAUCGGUUCACAUGUGAAGAGGUGGACUUCAACCUGAGGGCAAACAGCAGUGGUCUUCUGCUCUGUCGCUUCAAUCAAUUCAGCAUCAUGAAGAAACACAUUCCCAUCGGAGGACAUAAAGACUUCCUCAUCAAACCCAAGCUCAUGAGAAUAGAGACGCCGGUGCGUGUGUGUGCGUCUCAAUAUGUGUGCGCUCCGGACAGUGAACAAACGUUGCUGGCUGCGCCAGCUCAGUUCCUGCUGGAGAAGUUUCUGCAGUCCUGUAGCCAUCGGCUCUUUCCUCUGGCUCUCAGUAACAGUGCUAACCCUGUGUUGUCCAUAGACAGCUACCUCAACCUUGGACCAGAGGUUCAGGUGUGUUAUGUGAGCUCGCGACCUCAUUCGGUGAAUGUAGAUCAUCAAGGUGUCAUUUUCAGUGGCCUGCUGCUCUACUUGUGUGACUCCUUUGUCGUUUCAAGCCUUCUAAAGAAAUUCAACUUCCUCAAAGGCGCCACGCUGUGUGUGAUCUGUCAGGACCGGAGCUCUCUGCGUCAGACUAUUGUACGUCUGGAGCUGGAGGAUGAGUGGCAAUUUCGCCUGCGAGAUGAGUUUCAAACGGCCAACUGCAGCGAGGACCGUCCGCUCUACUUCCUCACAGGACGACAUAUCUAAUCUCCAAAUUUCCAUUUACCUUUAACUCUUUACCCCCAAACACACAAGACGUUUUUCAAGCUGAAAACUCUAGAGUUUCUGCCUCUGAAGAGAAUAUAUUAAAGGCUCAUUCACACUAUGAGUUACUCACAGUGGCAAAGCGACCAUUCAUUUCAACUGAGAGUGAGCAACCUCCGUCGGCUUGAGCAACAGUGACCGUUGGUGAUCAGGCAACAAAGUUAAGAAACCUUCAGCUUUAUGCAAAUGAGGAGCAACUUUCUUGAGCAACAGCCAAUAGAAGCACCAUUAGAGCUCACAUGAUCUUCUCUAAGCUCGCUCAGAGGCCGGUUGUAUUCUCCGUGCUAUAAACCUACAAAGAGCUGCGUUUGCAGCAAAUUGCCACCAAGAGCGACAGGCAGCUCCAAAGACACUGCUUGUGUGAAUGAGGCAUAAGACUUGAGAUGCUACCUUGGAUGAGGUUUGAGGAUAGAUACUCUGGAGUGUGUCCAAAAGAACAGAUACUGUGCUGGAUACAGCUGUUGUGCGUUUCAGUUUUUGUACGUUUUAGAAAAACAUUGAGAACUUUUUGGUGAUUUUGAUUUUGUGUGUAUUAUCACGCAAGGACAAUGCGAAGGACAGAUAUGUCCUUCUAUAUAUCUCAGGGUUUUUUGUCUGAAGACAAAAUGACUUACUACUGGUUUCCUUUCCUCUCCCCUGCUUCAUUUACUUCUCACGCCAUCCAAAAAAGACUGAUGAACUCCUCAAGCCUCAUUCACACUAUGAGCGACUCGCAGUGGCAAAGCGACAAGCAACUUCUCAUUUCAAUGUAAAACUAGUGUGUCCUACACAAGCAACAUCGACCCUUGGUGACCAGUUGGAUAAAGUUGAGAAUCGUUCAACGGAAAACAAGUGACUUCCGGCGACCUCCAACUACGCAAGUGGCAUCUACCAUUGGAGACCAGGUGGACAAAGUUGAGAAUCGUUCAGCAGAGAACGAGUGACUUCUGGCAAUCUCCAUCUACGCAAGCGACAUCAACCGUUGGCGACCAGGUAGACGUCGCUCAGAGGCCGGUUGUAUUCGUGCUGUAGCCUUACACAGACCUGCGUUUGCAGCAGGUAACCACCCAGAGCAACAGACAGCUACAAAGUCGCUGCUAGUGUGAAUGAGGCAUCGCACUACAAGUGACUCGCAGAGGCAAAGCGACAAGCGAACAUUCGUUUCAAAAGGAGAACGAGUGACUUUCGGCGACCUCCAUCUACGCAAAUGAAAGCGACCGUUAAUGACCAGGUGGGCGUGCCAUGCGAUAUGUCAAAGUUGAGAAUCCUUCAACUUCAUGCAAACAAAGAGCGACUUUCUUGAGCGACAGCCAAUAGGAGCACCAGUGAUCCUAUUUCAGUUCCUUCAGAGGCCAGUUGUAUUCUCCGUGCUGUUGACCCACACGGACCUGCAUUUGCAGCAGGUCGCCACCCAAAGCAAAAAACAGUUACAAAGUCGCUGCUAGUGUAAACGAGGCAUCACACUAUGAGCGACUUUUAUCUGCAAAGAAACAAGCGACUGCUCAUUUCAAAGGAGAAUGAGCAACUUCUUGGCAACCUCAAUCUUAGCAAGCGACAGCAACCAUUGACGAGCAGGUGUGCGUGUUGAGCUACUUUGUCGCUGCUAGUGUUAAUGAGGCAUCACGCUGGAAGCUCACACAAUGGCUGGUGAUACUAGGUUUGUUGCAUUUCAGUAAUACCAACAUAUGUCAUAAAGGUUCCGAUGUCUAAAAAUCUUAUAGUCUUUUAUCUCGCCAAAGACAUUACCUUACGCUAGCAAAACAAGUUCAGCAUUUCAGUGAACCAUAAAGUCAAUUACUGAUGUCAAAGUCUGCUAUUUCCGAUACAACUAAUGAUGUUUUUUAUGAUUGUAAAUGUUAGAUGAUGCAAAGGUACUUUUAUUUGAAGUAAGCAUCUACUAGUCAUCAGAUUGCAGCUUUUUUUGAGGUAGCUGGGUACAGAGUUGCACACUGUAAAUGCCUUAAGAAACUAUGACAUUAACAUCAGAAGGGUCAAUUAAUUUCAGUCAAAACAUUAAAGAUGUUGCCUAUUUUGUGUGGCUAACUAGCUAGUAUGCUAGCUAGCAUAUAUGUCUGAUCAAAUGAAUGUUCUAGACAGAUUUAUCUUUUGGUGUUUAUGACUUUUUGGAUGUUAAAAGAAAAAUCUUUGUUUACAUUUUAAGAAAUGGCGAUAUUAAUAUAUACGACAGACUAUUUUGUCACUUUGAAUUCUGGCUAGUUUUACUGAAGAGUCACUUUGAACUGAAUGUGUCACAGAUCAGAGAUGUUCUUUUAUUUUUCCAUGACACAAUGAAUCUACCUAGGACCCAUUGGAUUCUGUUUUUGGAGUGAUUUAUUUAAAAAUUAGAUGAAUGGAUCCCUUUUUUUAGGGAUUGUUUUAUUUAUUAAACAAGCUUCUUGGGACUGAUAAUCAUUGAAAUAGGUCAAGUCCUUCAAUUCAUCGCCAAAACCUUUGCACACUUCCAUCAAAACUAGUAUGUACAGAUGAUGUAUUAGAAAUGUACGAAUGUAAACAAGAAGCUGUACAAAUAAAUGCUUUACCAAAUGGAGUGUUUAGUAUGAGAGGCAUCAGGUCCUGCGAUGAUACUGAUUGUAACGAUGAAGAAAGCCAAAUACCCACUGGACAACCUUUAGAAUGUGUCUCACUUGUAGAUAAUUUGAUGUGCACAUAAAUUAUGCAAUUUGCUUCUCACAAUCUUUGCAUUUUGUUUCUGUCAGCUGUGAAUAUUCUCAACAUAUGUAGCACCAAUCCAUUUGAAAUCGUCUACCUCAUGAUCUACUGGCCGACUGUGGUUCAGUGAACGUUUGAUUUCAGAUACAUGUUCGUUUUGCAGUUGAGAUGAUGAAUGUAAUAAAGUGUUAUUAACAGCC